GUCCAGACUGCUCUGUGUCUGUCCCGGCCAACUCUUCAUUCUGGCAGCGGGAAGAAUACCCUGAUCCGGGGCUGGCCAGGGCUUCCCACAAGGCCGUAGUGGAUCACGGGAUCAUGUGGGUCAUCGGGGGUUACGUUUUCAACUCCUCAGACUACCAGAUGGUCAAAGCGUAUAAUCUCAGCUCCCAUCGCUGGCUGUCUCUCAACGUCUCUGUCAACUCAGUCAUGGGACGAUACGGACACUCUCUGGCACUACAUGAGGGAAAGAUCUACAUGUACGGAGGGAAGAUAGACUCUACUGGCAACGUGACCAGCCAGCUGUGGGUGUUCCACAUCCAGAACCAGACCUGGGUGUUCCUCUCUGCCCGAGCCCAGGAACAGUGGGCCGUGGUGGGACACUCUGCCCACGUAGUACCCCCCCUGUUGGAGGGGAGUAGUCCAGUCAUGCUGGUGCUGUUUGGACACUGCCCUCUAUACGGGUACAUCAGCCAGGUGCAGGAGUACCACUUUG